AUGGCGGGGAAACAAGCGUUGAUCGUACCGGCGCUGAAAAAACAUUCGGCCACAGUGAUAAUGGCGCACGGACUGGGGGACAGGGUAUCGUUAGCAGAAACCUGGCGACGGCGGGGAAAGUUUGAGGACGUCAAAUUCGUCUUCCCUAAUGCGCCGAACAUCCCCAUCACUGUGAACUUCGGCAUGAACAUGCCUGGAUGGUAUGAUAUCACAAACUUCUCCGACCUCAAGCAAGACUUCGAUGAACCGGGCAUCCUACGGUCGCGAGCAACCUUCAACAAACUCAUCACCGACGAGAUCGACGCCGGUCUGCCCUCCAACCGCAUCAUCCUGGGUGGUUUCUCCCAAGGCGGAGCCAUGUCUCUGUUCACAGGCGCGACGACACCGCACAAGCUAGGCGGGGUCUUUGGAUUGAGCUGCUACUUGGUGCUCGGGGACAAGAUCAAGGACUUUGCAAAAGAGGCGAACGGCGCGAAUAUAGACACCCCCUUCUUUAUGGGCCAUGGCGACGCGGACGAAGUCGUCAAGCAUCAGUGGGGAGUGCAGUCGGCCGAGUAUCUGAGAAAAGAAUUGGGCCACAAAGUCGACUUCAGGACAUAUCGGGGCCUUCCUCAUUCGGCGGAUAUGAAAGAAAUCGACGACUUGGAGGAGUUCAUCAAGAAGUGCUUACCGCCCAGUGAGACACUGUGA